GUUUCAUCACAACUGGAGAUGUGGAGAGUUGAAUUAGAACACAGUGAAUUAUCUCGAGAUUGUCAGAAAGCGGAACAGUUUUUGAGAUUACAUAAUGAAUCAGUUCAGCAAAUGCAGAACACGACCUACCAGGUUUUGCAGCAAGGUCAGGAUUUGCUACAAGCUUUGGAAACCAGUGGAGCAAGAGUCAUGUCUGAUGCUCAGUAUAAUGCACAAACCAGGGUAGAGGCUUUGUUGGAGUUUCUCCAUGAUAGCGAAUUGGAUCUAGAAGAUCGAGCGGAAUUGAAACGCGUGAGACUCGAGCAAUGUGUUCAACUCUGCCAGUAUCAGAAUGACGCCAACCAGGUUCUAAGUUGGAUAAGAAAUGGCGAAGCUAUGUUGAUGGCUAGUUUUACCAUUCCCAGCGAUCUUACUGAUGCUGAAAUGCUCAAGAAAGAACAUGAACAGUUCCAAGUUGCCAUUGAGAAAACUCAUACUUCAGCCGUCCAGGUGAAAUUCCGAGCAGACUCCUUAGUAGCUGCAAACCAUUACGAUCCGACAACUAUUCAAACGAUUUCCGAUGAAGUCACCAAACGGUGGCAACAAUUGGUGACAUAUGCUGAAGAAAGACAUAAACUAGUCACGGCCAGUUUGAAUUUUUAUAAAACUGCCGAACAAGUAUGCUCUGUCCUGGAUAGUUUGGAAAGAGAAUAUAGACGCGAUGAAGACUGGUGUGCAGGCACCACGAAUGGCAACUCCUCUCAAAAUGACAAAGCUAGUACAAUAGUUCAAUUCAUUAAUAAGCAUCAAGAGCAAAAAGAAGCUUUCCUAAAAGCUUGUACCCUGGCUAGAAGAACAGCCGAAACUUUCCUUAAAUACACAACCAGAAGUCUCCAAUUCUACAGUUACCCAGGAACCGGAAGUUCCGAAGCAAGAGUCAGAAGCAUUUUAGAAAAGUUGUUGUCACAAGAAAAUAAAGUUUUAGAAUAUUGGACUCAGAGGAAGAAACGUUUAGAUCAAUGCCAACAAUAUGUACUGUUUGAAAGAUCUGCUAAGCAGGCUAUAGAAUGGAUACAUGAAACUGGUGAGAAUUAUUUGGCAACCAGGGCUGCCAGCAUUGGAGGAAGCAGAGAAGAAACUGAAGAUCUUUUGAGGGAGCAUACGGAGUUUAAAGGAACUGCCAAAGAAACGAGGGAACGAGUAAAGUUGCUAAUACAGUUGGCUGAUAGUUUGGUAGAGAAAGGACAUGCUCAUGCUAGUUCUAUUAAGCAAUGGGUUGCCGCCGUUGACAAUAGGUAUAAAGAUUUUAGUGCUCGUAUGGACGCUUAUAGGCAACAAUUGGAAGGCACUCUUGGUCUUCCUGCGGUGGUACAAGAGGAAGUUCCGGUGCCGGAACCUACAACGAAAUCUAGUCAUAGUGAUAGACAUUCAGACCCAUCACUGGAGGCCAAAUUGAAAGAAGUAUCUUCCAAGGAAAUGAAAGAAGUUAAUGAAGAAAAACGGAAAUCCGCUAGACGAAAGGAGUUUAUAAUGGCAGAACUUUUGCAAACGGAGCGUACCUAUGUUAAAGAUUUAGACAUUUGCAUAAAAUGUUUUCUGAACGAAAUGCGAACGAACCCAAGUAACGUCCCGACUGCAAUACAAGGAAAGGAAGAUAUACUCUUUGGAAAUAUGGAAGAAAUUUAUCAGUUCCAUAAUUCAAUAUUUUUGAAAGAAUUGGAAAAAUAUGAAACAAUGCCAGAAGAUGUCGGACAUUGUUUCGUAACUUGGGCAUCGAAGUUCGAUAUGUAUGUGCACUACUGCAAAAAUAAGCCUGAAUCCAAUACACUCUUGGUCCAACAUGGAGGUACAUAUUUCGACGAUUUGCAACGUAAAGCAAAGAUUGAGCAUCCAUUGGCUGCUUAUUUAAUCAAACCUGUACAAAGAAUAACCAAAUAUCAGUUACUGCUUAAAGAUCUGCAGGCAUGUUGCUUAGAAGGACAAGGAGAAAUCAAGGAUGGCUUAGAUGUGAUGUUAAACGUCCCAAAGAAGGCUAAUGAUGCGAUGCAUUUAUCUCUCUUGGAACAAUGUGAUGUGUCUGUGGAUUCUUUGGGAGAUGUAGUUUUACAGGAUGGGUUCCAUGUGGUCGAUCCAAAACAUUUGAUAAGAAAAGGACGAGAUCGACAUAUAUUUUUGUUUGAAUUAUAUUUAUUAUUCGCCAAAGAAGUUAAAGACAAUAAUGGCAAAGCCAAAUAUAUUUAUAAGAAUAAAUUAAUGACUUCAGAAUUAGGCGUAACAGAACACAUAGAAGGCGACGAGUGCAAAUUCGCCGUCUGGACGGGUCGACCGCCCCUAAGUGAUUACAGAAUAAUUUUAAAAGCUUCUUCCUUAGAAGCAAAACAAAUGUGGGUCAAAAGACUCCGAGAAGUCAUUCAAGAGACCUACUUCAGCAGUGCAUUGCCAAUGCACAUGCCUCCUAAAUCUCCUGGAAAAGGAAAACAUAAUGCUAGUCAGAGAAGUAGCAGGGAUCUAGAAGAAUGUACAUCUUUGGACGAAAGUGCAGAAAACUUGGAUAGAAAUUCGUUGGCCUCUUUCGGAAGUGGAAACACCACAGAUUCAGACAAG